AUGGUUAUCCUUACCAGUUCCCACAGAUGCGAUUGGAUGAGUUCCCUAACCAUGGUGACGGCGUCGAGUAUUAUGGGAUGCGGCCACUUGAUGGACAUGAAGCUAAAAGGAGAAGCCGACCGAAAACUCGUCGAUCGAAACGAUCGAGAUCAAGAAGUACAUCGGAUUCGAGAUCCCGAACCCACAGUUGUUCGAAAUCGCAGUCCCGUUCUCUAUCAAUAUCUCGCAAUAGGAGUCGAUCUCACUCCGGAUGUAGAAAAGAAAGCU